CACCGUGCGGGGUUCCAGGCAGGCACUCGGUUUGCGUACACCGCAACGACGUGCCUGUCUCUGGCGUGUAAGUGAAGGGCGUCUCCACGCUUUACCAUCAACAUCCCAAAUCCAUCGUCCAUCAAACCAACUUGCAACCCAACCCAGAUUAUCUGACUUCAUCACCAGCAACUCUCAGAUCAAGAAAGCAAGAUCAAACCAACCCUGAAUAACCUCAAUCCCACCCCCCAACCCGCCACCAUGCCCACAGAAGGAGUCUACCUCUCCCCCGAUGGCAAAAAAACCGUCAUCCCCCUCGAAAACAACCCCGAAGUCUUCACAUCCCUCAUCCACGACCUCGGCAUCUCCCCCGACCUAGGCUUCUUCGACGUCUACAGCCUCGACGAGCCUUCUCUCCUCGCCCUCGUGCCCCGCCCCGCGCUAGCACUCAUCUUCAUCUCCCCGGCACCAAUGUACUACGCCGUCCGCGCCGCUGACGGCACCAAGCUCGCGAAAGAAGACGGGGUGACGUAUACCGGCUCCGGACCGGAUGAACCUGUAAUUUGGUUCCGGCAGACGAUUGGGAAUGCGUGUGGGUUGUAUGCCCUCAUCCAUGCCGUCGGCAACGGGCCUGCGAGGGAGUUUAUUCAAGAAGGCUCAUUGAUUGAAGGGUUACUGAAGGAUGCGGAGCCGUUGGGGUGGGAGCAGCGUGCAGAUGUGCUGUAUAACAGCCAAUCUCUCGAGGAGGCGCACAUGAAGGCUGCGAGGAGGGGGGACACGGCGGCUCCGCCUGCGGAAGAGAAGCCUGGGUAUCAUUUCAUUGCGUUCGUGAAGGGGAAGGAUGGGCAUUUGUGGGAGUUAGAGGGGGGGUCGGAUGGGCCUGUUGAUCGGGGGUUGCUGGCGGAGGGGGAGGAUAUGUUGAGUGAGGGGGCGUUGGAGAGGGGGGUGAAGAGGUUUAUUGGGUUUGCGGAUGGGAACUUGGAGUUUAGUGUUGUUGCGUUGGCGAAGAAGGAGGAGUGAGGUCUUUUGUCGUGUGGUUUGCGUUGUUUACUUGGGAACUAUAGAUUGUAGAAGGGAUCGGGAUUCGGCAUGCAUAGCUCAGAGGAUACUUUCGUUUGCAAAUGACUUAAUGCAAGCACCCUGGUGUAAGCGAAUCCCCCAUAGCAAUUCCGGGACUCGACUCUUCCAACAUAAGGAGCAGAACGGCCAUGUGCCU